GUGAACUUGAACUGAAUGAUUGAACUUAAAAAUAGCGAUUCGGCUCUGUGAGUUGUUUUGUUUUAUGGGAAGAUUGUUAUGCUGUAGUAGUGAUAUUCUUUAACAUUGAUGAUGAAUAUCAACAAUAAAUGACCAGUUUCAGUUGACUGUGAUAAUUUGAGACGCUAUCGUUCAAGGGAGAACAUUAUCGUGUGGUUUCAAUGUGCACGUGCGUGCGGAUUUUUUGUUUUUAAAUUUUAAGUGAAAAGUGAUGCUUUGAACGGGAAAAACUAUUUUCGCUUAGCGUGUGAUUGUGUAUCCAAUUGCCAUGGAAACCGCCAACGAUGACAACGUUAUUGUAACGAAAAUACGGGCAAUCGACGAAGAUGGAAAACUCGAAACAAUUGAGCUCGAAUUCGAAAAAAAUGUGAAACACGAAGAGAUAGCGCUCGGAUUUGACGAAACUGUGAAACACAAAGAAUUCGAUUUGGAAGCAAUUUUGUCUGACCUUGGGGAAUUUGGCAGAUUCCAAAUAUUUAUUUAUUCGCUGACGAUAUUGCCGGUUUUGUUGAUAUCUUGCUUAGGACUUAGUUACAUUUUUACGGCUGGACAGUUGGAAUACAGAUGCAAAAUACCAGAAUGUGAAUCGAAUCCCAUUGACUACAGUCCGAAAUGGAUUGCAAAUGCGAUUCCAUUCGAAGACGAAGCACCUGUGGACAAUUGCAUGCGCUAUAAAUACAAUCAUCACAAUCAAUCGGACAAUUUGUCGUCAUUCUGCCCGGCAAUAUAUUUCAAUCAGUCGAUCAUCGAGAAGUGCAAUGAUUUUGUGUACAAAACUGACGAGGACACCAUUCUUAGCGCAUUCAAUUUAACGUGUGACGACAACCAUUGGAAAUUGACAUUAAUUGGAACGCUGAAAAUGAGCGCAGAACUGAUUAUGCUGCCAGUGUCUGGCUUAAUAUCAGAUCGAUUCGGUCGACGCACCGUGGUAAUAUGCAACUUCGCAUUGACUGGCGUUCUUGGCGUCCUUAUCUCAUUCUCGUGGAACUACUGGAUGUUCGCAAUUUUAGAAUUUCUAACCGCACUGGUCGCAUCCGGUUCGUACAUGACGAUAUUCAUUUUGGGCAUGGAACUGGUCGGACGCAAGAAGCGAGCCAUCGGCAGUGUUAUCAUCUCGUUCGUAUUUUCGGUCGGUCAAGUGGUGCUCGGUCUUAUCGCCAUGUAUGUGAGAAAGUUUCGCAUCCUACAGCGCAUCAUAUACAUACCGACAUUCUUGGUGUUGUCGUACAUCUGGGUGAUACCGGAAAGUAUUCGAUGGCUGCUCAGUAAAGGACGAAAUCGCGAAGCCGUUCAUGUGAUACAACGAGCUGCCAAAAUAAAUCGAGUAACACUGUCCGAAAAAUCAGUUAACGCGAUGCACGAUUGUUCCAGCGGUGCGGUGAAUGCGGAAGAAACGGGCGGAAAUUUUAUGGUGAUCACUAAAUCGCGCAUCCUGUCCCUGCGUCUGAUCAAUUGCUGUUUUUGUUGGUUCACCAACGGUUUCGUGUACUAUGGCCUCAGUGUGCAAUCGGUGGUUCUCGGUGGCAACAAAUACGUUAACUUCAUAAUGGUCAGUGUCGGUGAGAUACCAGCCGUUGCACUGACCUAUGUUUUAUUGCAACGCGUCGGUCGACGAUGGACAUUAUGCUGUUCGCUGAUUGUGGCUGGAAUUGUAUGCCUUCUUAGCGAACUCACUCCCAACACAGACAGUUCCGAUGUUAUACGGUUGUUGCUGUUUUUUAUUGGAAAAUGUUCGAUAUCCGUGUCGUUUUAUGUGCUGUACGUCUACACUACUGAACUCUAUCCAACGUUUCUACGGCAAAGUUUAAUGGGCAUUUGUUCUGCCUUUGGAUUUAUCGGUUCGAUGCUGGCACCGCAGACACCAUUGUUGGCAAGAAUUUUACCAUCGUUAACACUGUUGUUGUUCGGAAGCGUUUCAAUAUUAUCGGGUAUCCUUGUCACCAACUUUCCAGAGACUUUCAAUAUAAAAUUGCCCGAUACAAUAGAAGAAGCCGAAAAUAUUGGAAAAUCGAAUGAAGUGACAAAAGACAACAUAAAUUGACGACGAACACACUUUUUUGGUACAUCAAAUUGAACACCAAAAGUUGUUAGAUUUGUAUUGUGAUUUUGUAAAACUUUUCUUGUAUUAUUUGUGUGUAUGUGUGUGUGUGCAUGGAACCAAGACGUUUUAACUCCUUGAUACGAAUGGGCCACAUUUUCGCCUUUUUAUGUUUGAUGGAAAUAAAGAAAGAAAAAAAAUUGACACGAAA